UCAAACCGGCGGCGCCAAGGAAAGAAGGCAAGAGAGGCUGCUGUUUCCCCUGCUGGGCCCGUCGCCAUGGAGACGCUCCUCUCUCAAGCCGAGCUGCUGCCCAGCCUCUUGGCGGCGUCGCGCUCGGGCCUGGUGCGAGGCUGGGACGCGGCGGCCGUGCGCCGGGCCCUGAGUUGGGGCCGCUUCUUCCAGGGGCUGCACGCCCGCCUCCCGCCCGAGCGCGGCCUCCGGGCCUCCGUGGAGAGGCGCCUGCGCAGCCGGGGAGUGCCGCUCGGCCUCGGCCACUUGAAGCGCUGCCCGGAGCUGCUGGGCCUGGCGCUGCUGGAGAACCGGGCGCUGCCCUACGACGCCUGCCGCGCCCUCCUGAGCGCCCUCCUGCAAGACGGGGACGGGGAGCGCCGCUACCACCGCCUGGCGAGGCGAAAGGCGGCCGCCCAGCUCCUCCUCCCUUCGGCGCCGCCUUCUCCUCCUCACGAGGCCCCUCCGGUCAGAGCCCAGGGGCAGCUGCUGCUGGCGCGGCUGCGGGAGGAAGGCGGCGAGGAGGGCGCCCUCCUGGAGCAGCUACCCUGCGGCCCCGCGCUGCACAGGGCCGUGGCGGCGGCGCUGCUGGAGCCCGGCGGCGAAGCGGAAGCCAGGGCAGCGCUGCUCCCUUGGCUGCAGCGGCAACAGCAGCCUCGCCUCGCCGCCUUCUUCCGCCUGCUGCCGGCCUCGUGGGCGGCCUCGCUUUGCAGCCGCCAUCCUGAGUUGCGCGCCCCUUACUUGAGCCUCUUGGCGGCCUGGGGGAGCCGGUUCCGUUACGACCCGCUGCGCGGGGAGUGGGGGGCCUGCGGCUUAGAAGAAGGCGCGGCGCCUUGGCAGGAGGUGAGGGAGCGUGUCGGCUGCCUCUGCCAAGGGCCGGAGCCUCUACGCAGCGCGGUGCUGGCGCAGCUCAGAGACCUGAAAGCCCAGGAUGGGGGCUUUGAAGUACAAGGCCUGAGUGUUUGGACUGAUCUCCUGCUGGACGUGCAGGCGUCUGCUUGGAAGGAAAAACUCCUCACGCGAAGCCUUCCCCCACCAGCCAAAUCAUUUGAAAACCUAGAAUGAAAAACAAACACUGUACCUAAAGGAAAGAUGAAUUUGUAUUGAUUCUCCAUUCAGAACCACUCACUUAAGAUCAAGUGGCACACUUCUAAGCCUCGAGGUUUCCAGUGUCUUAACUCUUUUUUUUGUUUUGUUUUCCAGCAGAGGAUUUAAACAGAGCUUCAUAUAAAGGAAUGUGUUCCUAUGUAUUCUCAGUUUUAGGUUUUCACUCCCAAGUGUAACAGUGCAAUUAAAUCACAUAGAAUAGAUUCUCCCUCAUGUGCUUUGUCAUCUUCAGCCCUUCAUUAUAGA